CCCAAGAAAGGUGAUAUGGAUGAAUCAAUUGAUGUAAAUGAUGCUCUCACACAUGCUUCCAACCCAGAUAACAACAUAAGGUCAAUAGGAGAAGACAUGCUAAAGCGGCUCCAAAAUCGUGAUCUUCCCAACUUUCUGCUAUAUUUAUCAUCUGAGCUCGUGAGGGAGGGGAUUCCAGAAGAGUCUAGGGUACUUGCUGCCAUCACCCUUAAGAACUCCUUGGACUCGAAGGAUCCUGCACUCAAGGAUGCACACAAGGAUCUAAUUUGUCUAAAAUGGCUCAGCGUGGAUAAAUCUAUCCGAUUAGAGAUUAAGAAUAACUUGCUCAUGACACUAGAAAUUGAUUCAAGGCCAUCUCAUUCAAGGCACCCCUCGUCAAAAGUUAUUGCAGAAGUUAUUGCGAGGGUUGCAUGCAUGGAGAUACCCCGGAAUCAGUGGCUGGACCUUGUUGGUAAAUUAAUGGACAACAUGGCAAGUUUAUCUUCUUCCCUAAAGCAAGCAACUCUAGAGGUGCUCCAGUAUAUCUUCAAGGCAAAGAUCCCUAACGUUGUCAAGCGGGAUCAAGUGGAUGAUGUUAUUGCUAGUGUCAUCAGUGCACUGAACGACGAGGUGCUAGGUUCUCAAGUCCAUCUGGCAGCCCUUAAAGCUUUACACAACAUUUUUGAGUUUACUAAGUUUGAAGGCCAUGAUUGGAGAGGUGCUAUAGAGGCAGUUUUUGCUGUGGCUUAUAGAACAUCUGGAACAGAGAUCCCAGAGGCAGCAUUUGAGUGCCUCGUUGCAAUUGCAUCCACUUGUCAUACCAAAUUCGAACCCGACAUAGAAGUGCUGAUGCAUAUUACAAUGCAAGCUUUGAAUGGAGAUGUGGAAUCACUUAAAGUCCAAUGUAUCAAGUUGUGGAUCACUAUUUGCGAAAAAGAGAUUGAUUGGCUAGAAGAAGAAGAAGAAGAAGAAGAAGAAGAAGAAGAAGAAGAAGAAGAAGAAGAAGAUAAAGAUGAAUCUUACUUUACUGGUCUUCUCUAUUCAUUGGUCCCACUUCUCCUACAAACUUACUUAAAUGAAGAAGAGAGGGAUUUAGAACAAAUGGACAUUUGGAAACAGGGAGAUGAAGAUGAGGGAGAUGGAAACAUUUCUCUGACCGGGGAACAAGAAGAAGAGGGAGAUGAAAAUGUGGAACAAAAGGGAGUAAACCUUGAAGACAAUUGGGAACAAGAGGAAGAUGAGACUUUACCAGUCAUUUCCAUGACAUGCCUAGGCCUUGCAGCUAGAAUUCUGAAGGGUGGAGUUGUCCCCACUGUGAUGCAUUUUGUUGAGGAGAACAUGAAUGGGCCACAUAAGAUAGCUGCAUUGUCUCCAUUAGGUUUUAUCCUCGAAGGUCCCUCAGUCAAGCAGCUUGCUCCUCUAGUUGAUUUAUUGCUUGCCUUGAUGGAAUAUCAGGCGGAAGGUGUAAGAGGCAGGGCUGCAUGGACUCUUGGGCGGCUGUUUGAGCUUGUGGGUGCACAUAGAAUCAUGAGAAAUGAGGUGGUGUCCCUGGAUAGGAUCAUGGAGCUCUUGAUAGAGAGGAGCUGUGAUGUCCCUCAAGUGUCCAUUGAAGUGCAUGGAGCUCUAUAUUUUCUUGCACGAGGUUAUGGAGAAGAUGCAAAGUCAGGGUCAAAGUCAAAUUCAUGUGAGCUUUCACCUUUUGUUAAGCCUCUUAUUGAUGCUCUCAUGCGUGCUUCCGAUCUGGCUAGGGAGACCCCUUUUAGUUUCCUAGCAUCUCCUUAUAAAGCAUUGAGUGAGAUUGUGAAAGUUAGUGACACCCGGGACUUACAAGUUUGGGAGGCUCUUAUGGGCUUGAUGUCUCAUAUCAUGAGGAGAUUCAACACUGUGCUUCAUGGUCAUGGUGCAAUUUCAUCUCUUCAGGGGAAGAACCAACUUGAGGUCUUGCUGUGUGGUCUAGUUGAAGUCUUAAUCCACAAGCUUGGAGAUACACUUGAGGGGUCUGCUAAAUGUUUGUUGCUGUUAUUGUGCCCUCUCUUAACCCGUGAGAGUACAAGUGCACGUAAUGGAGCAGCCCUUGCCAUUGGUGCUCUUGCUCAUGCCAUUGGUGCUGAUUUUGGACAACACAUGCCUAUGGUGCUACAAUAUUUCAGUGUGAAGCGACUCUCUCCACUUUAUUUAGAAGUUAUAUGUGAUAUAUGCCAUGUCUUGGGAAAAGAGGGAAAAGAGGAAGAAGUUGUGCCGUGCUUUGAUCAUAUUAUGGAAGUUCUGUAUCAAGGUAUGGUAGAAUUGACACUUCAACCUCUAAUUCUAUCAAGCAUUGGACAGAUUGCUCUUUCUCUUGGUGAAAAGUUUGAGAAGUACCUGCCUCCAGUUAUGGAAAAGCUUUUAGUUAUGGAAAAGGCUGUUCAACUCGAUCAGGAUCCUCAUGAGGAUCAUAGUAACAAGGUUAGAGAGGCAAUAUGUAAGGCCUACCAUGGCAUAAUAAGGGGAAUAAGUGAUGCAAAGUCUGGAUUCAAGGUAGGAAUGGCUCUACUUGAAUUCAGUGAACAGGAGAGAAAGAGAAGGGAGAGAAGGACCGUGACAGCAAGGGACGAAAGGAUCAUGACAGCACUAGUUGAUGCCUUGUCUCAGCUUCCUCCUAGAGUGGGCGUUUGGUCAGAGGCGUUUAUUCUAUCGGUGCAGCAAGCAAAUAUUUAUUAGGAGAGGAAAGGAAGCUGUGCUUUAUUUUGGUCCAGACAACUAAAGUGUGUCGGUUGACUGCUUUAUUAUUUUGAAUGAACUGAAGUGUGUGG